AUGGACUACUCGCACCCCCAGUUCCCGCUGGCGGGCCCUCCUCCACAGCUGCCGCCGCAUCAGCCUCAAGUCUCACGCCCCCAGCCUCCCCCGCCACCGGUACAAGCGCCCGCCUCCAACCAGCCAGUAAAGAUCUAUAAUGCCGUUUAUUCUUCGGUUCAGGUUUAUGAGGCCAUGAUUCGCAGCAUAGCCGUCAUGCGCCGACGGUCCGACUCUUAUGUGAACGCAACUCAGAUUCUCAAGGUCGCCGGCGUCGACAAGGGCCGACGAACCAAGAUACUUGAGAAAGAAAUACUGCCCGGAAAGCACGAAAUCGUCCAGGGCGGGUACGGCAAAUACCAAGGAACAUGGAUCCCACUUGAGCGCGGCAGGGAUAUUGCCGCCCAGUACGGCGUGUCAGCCCUACUGGCGCCUCUUUUCGACUUCGUGCCAAAUUCGACAGGUUCGAUGGGCUCUUUGCCGCCUGGUCUCACCGGAGGAUACUCUUCUUCGUUGCCCUCCGCGCCUAUUAUGCCUGGUUCCGCGUUGCGACUGCUCAACCAAGGGCGAGCGCAAGGGCUCUUCACGCCGUCUUCCUCUGUCAACCAGACUGUAUUCGGCACUGCGGGGACGUUCUCCCCGACACCUUCCCAUAUGACUCACGGCGCCUCUCCUACGCCACCCCCGAUCGGCCAUUCACAGCCUAUGCAAGGCCUACCUCCGCAGCAGCAACCCUACACGACAUCGUACCCCCAUCCUCUCUCGCGGCCCCCGUCCUCCUCGCAACCCCUCGCGCAACCCACGCCACACUCCAUCGCACAAUCCCUCAAACGCGUCUACUCCGAUACAGACGCGCUAGAUGGCCAAACUCAGAACCAGCAUGCACUCGCCAUGAUCCAAGCGCAGAUGAACAGUGGCUCCUUCUCAUCAACAUCCGGUGUCUCCGCGUACCCAGCUUCAUUCGGCGGCACCAGCGACAACUCACAUGUAUUCGACAUAGCAUCAAGACCGCCGUCAACGACGAGCGGUACGGACGUAAACGAACCCUCGUCGAAGCGCGCUAGAACAGAUGCGCCUAUGAUUGAUCCCGCUCUUACGGGUGGCUCUGUCACAGAGCCGUCGCCUGUCUCUACACAACCUGAACCCGCUGCAUCAACUCAGACAACCGCCGCAACACGGGUCCCUUCGCCGAAUGUGCAACCUAUGAAUGGCGUGGUACCGACAGGGAGCGCUACACCAGCUUCGAAGCCUAAUGGCACGGCCGCCUCUGAUCCUCGCCAACAUGAUUCGAAGACGCGCAUGGCGUCAAAACCUGCGAUGCCGCGAGGAGACCGCUCUGCGCCGCUGAAGGACCACCGACGCGCACCUAUCGUCACGACCAUCGUACAGCGAGACGACCCCGAUGCAGUCCUCGAAAUGCUCCGUGACGUACCACCCGACGACCUGAACAAAGCCAUCAGCGUCGACAUCGUGCUUGACGAACUCGGACACACGGCUCUGCAUAUCGCCGCGAGUAUGGGCCGAAUGCGCACCGUCGAAGCGCUCGUCGCUGCGGGGUCGGACGUGCACCAGGGCAACUAUAACGGCGAGACGGCGCUGAUACGCGCGACGCUCAUGACGAACCAUUUCGAGAAUCAGACGUUCAACGAGCUCGUGGGCAUUCUGUCGCCCAGCAUCCGCACAGUCGACACAGCGCGAAAGAGCGUCAUGCACCAUAUCGUCGCCAUGGCCGGUUUACCAAACCGAGCUGUUGUCGCGGGGUAUUACCUAGAACAGGUCCUGGUGUGGAUUAUGGAGAACGAGGACGCGGAUUUCAAGAGCAUCGUGAAUUUGCAGGACGAGCAUGGUGAUACUGCGCUGAAUAUCGCUGCGAGGGUGGGCAAUAGGAGUCUUGUGAGGAGUUUGAUGGAUGUGGGCGCGAGCAGGACGACGCCGAAUAAGCUUGGGCUCAGGCCGGGCGAUUUCGGUGUCGAGCAGGAGGAGUUGGGCGGACAGACGAAGCCGGAGGACAACCCCAUGUCCAGCUUACGAACGAGCGCGCUUGUCCCGGUGCAGAAGUCGCAGGAGGUCCUGGCGGAUUUGACGCGCAUGAUCCAGUCGUUGUCGAACGAUUUCACGAACGAGUUGAAGUCGAAGCAGGACGCGCUCGAUGUGACGCAGGCGCAUUUGCGCGCCGCGACGCGCGAGCUGGCAGAGCAGAGGAAGCAGAUCGCUGCGUGGCAGGCUCGGCAGGCGGAUCUGGAACGUGCGCAGCAGCGCGUGAGGAAUGUGCGGCGGGCGUUGACAGAGGUCGAAGAGGUGGACUGGACGGGGCGGUUAGCUGGCGAAACGAAGGGCCCGUUCGCGUUGAAAGCCGGCACCGCUAUGCCGCGCGAUGAUGGGAAGCAGCCUGUGAGCGAGCCGAUGCCGCCUGCGGAGAAUAGCGUGGAUGCGCUGGUGAAGAUGAGGAGAUUGAAGCUUUGGGAGGCGAGGGCGGAGGAGAUGUUGAUGCAGAGGCUGGAGAGGCUGCAUGGGGCGAGCGCGGAUCAGGAGUUCCAGUGCAAGAAGAUCAUUUCUAUUUGCUUGGGGACGCCUGUGGAUAAGGUCGACAGGAUGUUGGACGACAUUGUAGUUGCUCUCGCCAACGACACGGCCCGUCUCGACCUCGGGCGCUUGAAUGGCUUCUUGAGCAAGGUGCUGGUGUACGAUACCUGA